GGAAGGGACUCAAGAUCAGCCUUGGUGUGAAACGACCAAGCCUGGAGGCUGGGUGCUGAGUUCUGAGUGGGGCUGGAGCUCAGCCAGUUUACCUUCCCGUUCAGACCGGCGGGACCACGAGUGCUCGGAAGGACUGUUAAUCAUUACUCAUUUCGAGAACUCGCUCAAGAAGAGGACGGCUCCGUGGCCCCGUAACCCACGUCUCUGGGAGGUGGCUCCACCUUCUGGGGGUGGCUGGGCGUGCGGGUGGCUCUGUGGCGAGGAUUGGGCCGGCGGUCUAGCCGUCGCCCCGCCCCGGCUGCCGAUUGGCCUGGGCGCGGCGCGGUGAGGAGUCGGGCGACCGCGGUGGAUCCGGGAGCCGUGACGUUUAGGCGCCUGCUCCACCAGCAGCUCAUUGGUCUAGAUCGGGACAAAUCACCCCAUCCCUGGGCGGGCCGGCCCCCGCUGAGGCCCGCCCAGUGACCUCCCUUCCCGGCCGCGGAUUGGCCCGUGACGGGACCCGUCGGUCGCGCUGGUGUCUGGGAAGGAGAGAAAAUGGCGGCCGAGCCGAGCAAGACAGAGAUCCAGACUCUUUUUAAGAGGCUUCGCGCAAUUUCGACCAACAAGGCCUGCUUCGACUGUGGCGCCAAGAAUCCGAGCUGGGCCAGCAUCACGUACGGUGUUUUCUUGUGCAUUGGCUGCUCCGGGGUGCACCGCUCCCUGGGCGUCCAUCUCAGCUUCAUCAGGUCCACAGAGUUGGAUUCCAACUGGAACUGGUUCCAGCUGAGGUGUAUGCAGGUCGGCGGGAAUGCCAAUGCGACAGCUUUCUUCCGCCAACAUGGAUGCACAGCCAAUGAUGCCAACACCAAAUAUAAUAGCCGAGCUGCCCAGAUGUACCGGGAAAAGAUCCGGCAGCUGGGGAGUGCAGCCCUGGCUAGGCAUGGCACUGAUCUUUGGAUAGACAACAUGAGUAGUGCUCCCAGUCACUCCCCAGAGAAGAAGGACUCUGAUUUCUUCUCAGAACACACUCAACCCCCUGCCUGGAAUGCACCAGCCACUGAUCCAUCAGAGACCCAGCAGCCAGCCCCGUCUGCAGAAAGCAGUGGCCUGGCACAUCCAGAGCAUGGCCCCAACAUGGACCUGCUUGGCACCUCACCCAAAGCGACUCUGGAGUCCAUGUGUCUGUCACCUAAAGGGGCUCUUCCUGCCAGAGAACUGAAAACCUCCCUCAUUGGCAAGAAGAAGCCAGCAGCAGCUAAGAAAGGGCUGGGUGCCAAGAAAGGCCUUGGGGCCCAGAAAGUGAGCAGCCAGAGUUUCAAUGAGAUUGAGCGGCAGGCCCAGGUGGCAGAGAAGCUCCGCGAGCAGCAGGCGGCUGAUGCCAAGAAGCAGGCCGAAGAGUCCAUGGUUGCCUCCAUGCGCCUGGCCUACCAGGAGCUCCAGAUUGACCGUAAGAAGGAGGAGAAGAAGCUACAGAAUCUGGAAGGGAAGAAGCGCGAGCAGGCAGAGAGGCUGGGCAUGGGCUUGGUGUCCCGAAGCUCUGUCUCCCACUCAGUGCUGUCUGAGAUGCAGGUGAUCGAGCAGGAAACCCCAGUGAGUGCAAAAUCUUCCCGCUCGCAGCUGGACUUGUUUGACGAUGUUGGUACUUUCGCCUCUGGACCCCCAAAGUACAAGGACAACCCCUUUUCCUUGGGGGAGAGUUUUGGUUCUCGCUGGGAUACAGAUGCUGCCUGGAGUAUGGACAGGAUGGAGGAGAAGGAGCCAGAAGUGACCAUCUCAAGCAUCCGGCCCAUUUCAGAAAGGGUGGAGAAGAGAGGGCCCUCGAGUCCCAGAGCCACAGUCGGAUGGGGCCAUGAGUCACAAACCGGAGGGAAGUGGAAAGCCGGAGCUCAGGCCUCGAGUCAAGUGAAGCACGUCAGAAAUUUGCAGGAGCCAAAGCCAUCUCAUCUGACAUGUUCUUUGGGAGGGAGGUGGAUACUGAGUAUGAAGCCAGGUCUCGGUUACAGCAGCUCUCAGGCAGCAGCGCCAUCAGCUCUUCAGACCUCUUUGGGGACAUGGAUGGAGCUACUGGAGCAGGUAGCGUAUCUCUGGGGAACGUGCUGCCCACAGCUGACAUUGCCCAGUUUAAGCAGGGUGUCAAGUCCAUGGCCGGGAAGAUGGCUGUGUUGGCCAAUGGUGUGAUGAAUUCUUUGCAGGAUCGCUAUGGUUCCUACUGAUCCAGGCUCCAUUGCUCAGGCACAUGGUGGUGACAGCAGCAGAGACCUCAUGAUCCCCAGGCCAGGGGUGCUCGCCUUGUGGAAGCUGAGGAGGAAUUGUGACUUUAUACAUGUGGUGUGUGAGCGGGGUGGCCUUUGAGGAUCUCGGGUGAUGGGUCGGCAGUACCAGCCCUGACCUCUUCCUGUAGGUUGAGCCCUUCAUUCUCCUCCCCUUGCACCCCCACCCCUGCGUGCUAGAUGAUUGUUCUUCCAGUCCUGCCCCCAAAGCUGCUGCUCACUUGUCCUGCCACACUGGGAAUGAGGGGUCGGAGUUCCCUCAGGAUGGCUUAUUCUGGGUCCAAUCCUUCCCCAAGUAGGGAAAGUAAAAAGUAUAAGGCUUUUUUGCCAGCUCUAGGAUCCCUUCAGGUCGUCUGGGGUUUGGCCUCUGUCCCCUGGAACCAGUGGGAGGUCUAGAGAGAGUUCUGCUGUUGACCAGCCUGCAGGGGAGGGAGGCUCUGGACUUGCUGCUGCUGUUGCUGCUCCAGUGGUCUCUUCCGGGCACCAGGAGAGGGCAGGGGAAGGGAAGGACCUUUGUCUGGGCCUUACUAAGGGCUAGAAAUGUUACCUGGUACCUGAAGGUUCAUUUGGGAUCAGACUGGAGGCCCGAGUGAUCUUCUCCUGUCUCACCACCCCUUUUUUACAGUGACCACUUGGAGGGUUACUUCUCCUGGUGUCUCGGGUCCUCCCAUACCAUCCAUUGUGGAGCACAGGACCCUCUGUCCCUUCUUCCCCUGCUUGGUGGCCAUGGUGGGUCUCAUCUGCCCUGUGCUCUGCUUUGGCAUAAUGCUGGCCAAGGAAGCAGAGGAUGUGAGGGACAGAAGCAGGCUCCUGGGGCUCAGCUUUCUUGUCUGCAUCAUCGUGGUCUUAGGGGGCCUGGACAGUACCCCCCACGGAGAGCCUGAGGCGCCUACAGAGCUGCAGGUCUCGUCCCUGGCCACUGGGCCUGCACUGUGUCAUCCUUGGUGCCAUCUUUCCCUGCCGUGCCGGCAGUCUGGGCCCAACCCGCCCCCUUGGGUUGAGGGUGGGCUCCCAAGCAACACAGACCACUGUUCCCACCACCCCCUCCCCCAAAGGGAUGUGACUUUCUUUCUGGACUGUUUGUAUUGAAACAAAACGGUGUCAAAUAAAGCCCCGACAGGGCCCUGGGCCUCUGUUGGUCUGACUGAA